AUGGAGCAGCCAGAGGAGAUAGUGGCAAAGCUGCUGCCGUACCAGGGCGAGUUCCUGGCGUGGGCCGUGGGUCAGGAGCGCUCCACUGUGCGCGGCGGCAUCCUCGCCGACGAAAUGGGCAUGGGCAAGACGCUGCAGGCUUCUAGCAGCGGGGGGUAUGGGCGGGCGACGCUUGUGGUCUGCCCGCUGGUGGCGGUGCUGCAGUGGCGUCAGGAGAUUGAGCGCUUCACCAAGCCUAACACCCUUAAGGUGGUGGUGUUCCACGGCAACAAGAGGACGGCGGACGCGGCUGAGCUGGCGGGCGCUGACGUCGUGCUGACUACGUACAGCAUAAUCGAGGGGGAGCACCGGCGCUACGUGGAACCCGACAAGAUUCCCUGCAAGUACUGCUCCCGUAAAUUUCAGCCAGAACGCCUGGAGGUCCACCUCAGGGUGGCGUGGCGGCGCGUGGUGCUCGACGAGGCGCAUUCCAUAAAGGACCGGCGCUGCUCCACGGCGCGAGCCGUCUUCGCGCUCAACUCCAAGUACAAGUGGGCGCUGUCGGGAACGCCCCUGCAGAAUCGGGUGGGCGAGCUGUACAGCCUGAUCCGCUUCCUGCGCAUCUUCCCCUACGCCUUCUACUUCUGCGGCGCGGGCACGGCCAAGAGCAGCAAGGAGGACCCCUGCUCCUGCAAGUGCAUCGACUACCCCUUCUCACGCAACCACCGCAAAUGCGACCACUGCGGGCAUGGUCCGCUGCAGCACUACUGCUGGUGGAACAAGCACGUGGCCAACCCCAUCAAGAAGUGGGGGUACGUGGGCAAGGGGCGCAAGGCGAUGAUGCUGCUGAAGCACCAGAUCCUGACCAAGAUCCUGCUGCGCCGCACCAAGGUCCAGUGCGCAGACGUUCUCGCCCUGCCGCCCCGGACUGUGGUGAUGCGCAAGGAUGGCUUUGAUGAGCGCGAGGCGGACUUCUACGAGGCGCUGUACACACAGAGCCAGGCGCAGUUCGGGGCCUAUGUGAGCGCCGGAACCGUCGUUAAUAACUACGCCCACAUCUUUGACCUGCUCAUCCGUCUGCGCCAGGCAGUGGACCACCCGUACUUGGUGGUGCACUCGGCCUCGGGCGCGACCGCGGCAGCUGCCGCCAGCGCCAAGGCCGCGGCCAAGGCUGCUGACGACGAGAGUGAUCUCAACGGCGGCAUGUGCGGCGUGUGCCAUGACCCCCUGGAGCAGCCGGUGGUGGCCGGGUGCGGGCAUGCGUUCUGCCGGGUGUGUUUGGCGGAGUACCUGGAUGGCUGCUCCGGCGCCGCCUCCUGCCCCUCCUGCCAGCGGCCGCUCUCUGUUGACCUCGCCGCAGCCACGCCGGCGAGCAUUCUGAACCGGGUAAAGCUGGCCGACUUCCAGAGCAGCACCAAGAUCGAGGCGCUGCGCGAGGAGCUGCACCGCAUGCUGCAGGCUGAUCCCUCUGCUAAGGCGCUGGUCUUCUCCCAGUUCACGUCCAUGCUCGACCUCAUCUACUUCCGCCUGCAGCAGAUUGGGAUCCGGUGCGUGCGUCUGGAGGGCAGCAUGAGCAUGGAGGCGCGCGACCGAAUGAUCGACGCAUUCACCAACGACCCCCAAGUCACGGUCUUUCUCAUGAGCCUCAAGGCCGGCGGCGUCGCUCUCAACCUCACAGCCGCCUCCCACGUCAUGCUCAUGGACCCCUGGUGGAACCCUGCCGUGGAGGCGCAAGCGCAGGAUCGCAUCCACCGCCUGGGCCAGUUCAAGCCCAUCGCUGUGACGCGUUUCAUCAUCGCGGGGACCAUCGAGGAACGCAUCCUCAAGCUGCAGGAGAAGAAGCAGCUGGUGUUUGAGGGGACGGUGGGACGCGACGCAGAGGCGCUCGGCCGGCUGACCGAGGACGAUCUGCGCUUCCUCUUCGCCUGA